UCAGAGCCCGCCCGGUGCGUCACGUGGUUCCGCAGCACCGAUCACAACUUCCGGUGGCGGCGGUAGGGACCCCCAGAACCCCCCCGGUGGCCGCCAUGGCCCUGAUCGCCUUUCGCCGUGCCCGAGAGCCCGCGGGCGGCUGGAAGGACGGGCAGCUCCAACCGGAGCCGCCGCCGCCGCCGCCGCCGCCGCUCCCUGAGGCCUCCGCGGCCUCCGCCGAUCCCGGGGCGGCCGCACGGAGCUUCUACGAGAGCCUGUUCACCGAGAGCGGCGGCGCGGAGCCCGCCGGGGAACCGCCCAGCCCCGCCCACUUCUGCCGCAGCUGCGGAGCCUCGUUCCGUGACUCCCCCGCCCGGCACCGCCGCUCCACCGCGCACCUGCUGGGCCUGGGCGCUGCCCCCGGUUCCGUUCCCGGUUCCGUUCCCGGCCCCGGUUCCGGUGCCUGCUCCGGUCCCGGUUACCGGCUGCUGCUGCGGGCGGGCUGGGCCGGCGGCGGGCUGGGCCCGGCGGGGCGCGGGCGGCUCCUCCCGGUGCCCACGGAGCUCAAACGGGACCGGGCCGGGCUGGGCUGGGCUCGGGGCCCAUACCGGAACCGGGCCCGGAUCUCGCACUUCGGGCCCGGAGACACCGCGGCCGUGGCGGGGCCGCACCGGGACCGGGACCGGGACCGGAACCAGCACCGGGAGCAGAACCGGGCCCGGUUCGGUUCCGAGGAGGCGGAGCGGGGAUGGGAGAUCCGGCUGAGGCGGGAAUGGGAACGGGAGGAGGCACCGGAGAGCCCCCUCAGGCACCUGAGAGCACCGGGACCCCCUCGGGAACCCCCCGGGACCACCCUGAGACCCCCGGGACCCCCAAAAUCCCUCCCGGGACCCCCCGAGACCUUCCUGGGACCACCGGGACCUCCCUGAGGCACCUGAGAGAGGCCCGGGACCACCCUGAGACCCUCGGGACCCCAAAAAUUAAAAAUUCCCCCCCGGGACCCCCCCCUUGAAUCCCCGGAGACCCCUCUGGGACCCCCUAAAUCCCCCUGAGACCCCCAUAAACCCCCUCAGGACCCCCUGAGCCCCCCCAGAGACCCCCGGGCAGUUUUGGGCCUCCUCCCCUCCUCCCCAGGCGGUUUUUGGGGUGCCCAGGACACUUUGGGGUUCCCCCCCCCCCGAUGGUUUCAGGCUCCCCCACAUUUUCGGGGCGCUCUCGGAUUUUGGGGCCCUCCCGGGGUUUCAGAUUCUCCCAAUGCGGUUUUGGGACCCCUCCCAGGUGGAUUUCGGGGCCCCUCCCCGGAUUUUUGGGGCCCUCUCGGGACCGUUCGGGGCCUCCCCAGGGCGGUUUUUGGGGGCCCCCUCAGAGUUUCGGUUUCCCCACAUCUGGUUUUGGGCGUCCCCCCCCCCGCCCGGAUUUUUGGGGCCCCGCCCCGGAUUUUUUGGAACCCGACCAGGGCCGUUUUUGGGGGGGGGGGCCCGGAUUUUUUUGGAUUUUUUGGGACCCCCUCCAGGGGCGAUUUUUGCCCCCCCCC